CGCAAUAUUGCUGAGUCACUGUAUGCUGCGACAAGAUAGGGCCUAAAGAAGAGUGUUGUAUUUUUGCAAAGAAUUUAACGUUAGAUGUGACAUUGUUGAAGAUAGUCAUGGGGUCAGACAGCUGGGAGUGGUUCUGUGGGGUCAACAGUUCUGACCUCCACUUCUUUGAUGGCUUUGCUUGGAAUAAGGACCACAUAGCAAACAACACAUGCUUUUCAGAUGCACUGGAUGCUGCCCCACAUGCAGUCUUUCUUGUCGUCUUCAGUUUUUUGCUCUUUGUUAUGGGAUGCUGUACAGGGUACCGAGCUAUCAACACCAAGUAUCUCCUUCGCUACAAAGGCCAUGCCUAUAAAUGGAUGCUUCUUGGUAUUCUCCUCCUUGUCCAUUUAACUUCCAUUGCUGAAGGGAUUUUAACAGAUGAAAACUACAUAAAUGGAAGUCAACCAACACAGCCACAUUUUUACCUGCCUUCAAUCACAGCAUUUGUGGCAUCAUUUAUGUCUCUGAUUUUCUACCAUCACAUGGAGUUAUGGCAGUGUGCUAGUAUGUCAUUGGUUUUAAUGCUGUACUGGACUCUUUCUAUCCUGGGCGAAGUAGCUGUUCUCUUAAACCUGAUCAGUCUUGGCCAAACUGGUUAUGACUGCAUGAGGUUUGAUCUUACCAUCUGUACCCUUGUACUUUAUGGCCUGAUUCUCUUGCUAGAGUUCAACAUCAUCAGAAUUAAUGUUUGUGGAUGCUGCCAGAAUGGAGAGAGUAAAUCAUUACCCAAGGACCUAAGAGGAUUAGACAUGUAUUACCUCGAUCAACAUGUGAAUCUUCUCUCACAGGUAACAUACUGGUGGUUAAACUGGUUAUUGAAGGUGGGUUACAAACGUCCACUGGAAAUGUCAGAUCUGGGUGAUCUACCACUCAUCCAUGAAUCAAACUACAACCAUAACAGAUUCAGAGAUGUCUUUGAAAAAGAAAAGGAAGAGAAGGCAAAGGUUGGGAAGAAACCAGGAAUGUGGACUGUUUAUCUUAAAGUGUAUGGAAGGAGAAACUUCUGGGCAGCUCUUCUCAAAUUGGUUGGUGAUUGUAUGGGAUAUAUUGGACCUCUUGCAGUAGGAGGGAUUACACUUUAUGUUCAGAAUAUCACCACUGGCAAUGAACCAAAGAACAUUGGUUUCAUCACAUUCUCAAACUUCUUUGCGAAUGGUUUUGUCUUGGUGGGAGUUAUGUUCUUUGCAGCUUCUAUUAAGUUCUUGUGUCUUCAAACUCAUUACCAUUGGGUCAUCUUGGAGAGUAUGCACGUAAGGACAGCUAUUCAGACCAUGGUUUAUGAGAAGUCACUUCGUCUGUCUACCUAUGCCACAACAGGUGGGAUGAUGACUAUGGGACAGAUUACCAAUCACAUGUCCACAGAUGCCAUGUCACUUCUCUUCUGCUUUCAAAUGAUGCAUUACUGUUGGUCUAUUCCUCUUCAGAUCACUGUGACAUUAGUGUUGCUGUACCAACAACUUGGAUUAUCUGCAUUGCUUGGGUCUGCAGUGUUUGUUUUCCUGCUACCAUUCCAGAUGAAGAUUGCUAGUCUCAUGUCCAAACUCCAAAAGACAACCCUUCACUAUUCUGACACUCGUCUUAAGUUGUCCAAUGAGAUGUUGCAGGGUAUCAAACUCUUGAAGUUGUAUGGAUGGGAGGAACUUUACUGUAGUGCUAUUGAGACAGUGAGGACCAAUGAACUGUGGGCUAUGUUUAAGAUCAAUGGCAAUAUUGUUGCUACAAUCUUUAUAACAUCAACUGGACCCAUUCUUGUGACACUUAUAUCAUUUGGAACCUACACCCUUUUCACUGGGAAACCUCUUCUUCCUGAUGUGGCCUUUGCCUCACUAUCUUUCUUCAAUCAACUCACCAUACCACUGUUCUUAUUGCCUAUGACCCUUGCUGUCAUGGUCAAUGCAGUGGUCAGUUCCAACCGUUUGCUCAACUUCUUCCUUGCCCCUGAAGUGGAAACUGCUGCUACUGCUGAUGUGCUAAGGGAGGAUACAUACCAUGAUGGUGAAGAUAAUGGCCAGGUUCCUGCUGUUGGUUUCCGACAACCUUCGACCAGUGAGAAAUCAUCGCUGCUGCAGAAUGAAGAUACAUCGCACAAAUAUGGAUAUGGAUCAGUUGAUCGCCUAUCAAGGUUAGAGGUGGCACCCAGUCCAAUCCCUGAUGAUGUAGCUGUUAAGCUUGUGAAUGCAAGUUUCACAUGGGAUUCAGAUAGCAACCUUCCUAUCAUAUCUCGAGCUAAUGUGGAGAUCCCAGCAGGUAAACUAACAAUGGUAGUUGGUCAAGUGGGAAGUGGAAAGUCAUCACUUAUUUCAGCUAUUCUUGGGGAGAUGACAACAAUGAGUGGAAGUGUUAUGUUUGGCAGUAAGAGUAGCAUUGCUUAUGCUGCCCAGAAAGCCUGGCUGCUCAAUGCAUCUCUCAAAGACAACAUCAUAUUCAACAAUGAGUUUGAGAGCAGACGAUACCGUAAGGUGCUCAAGUCCUGUGCAUUGGAACCAGACAUCGAGAUCCUUCCUGGAGGGGAUCAAACAGAGAUUGGUGAAAAGGGUAUCAACCUCAGCGGAGGUCAAAAACAGAGGGUCAGUGUGGGAAGAGCAAUGUACUCCAACAGAGAUAUCAUCAUCCUGGAUGAUCCAUUGUCUGCCCUUGAUGUUCAUGUUGGUAAGACACUGUUUGAAGAAGGCAUCAUGAACCUGCUCAUCAAAAACAACCAGACAGUUAUCUUGGUUACACAUCAGCUUCAGUACCUACAAGAGGCUGACAAGAUCUUAGUGAUGAAGGAUGGUCGUAUUGAGCAUCAGGGUACGAUGGAAGAGAUAGGUGAAACUGAUCCUACACUCUAUAACAGCUGGAAAGAAGCCAUCAACCAAGUAUCAGAGGUAGAGGCAGACCCAUCUGGUAAUGAAUCUGAAUCAGAGACUGAACGUAAGAAGCUCAAAAGACAAAUCUCAAGGCAGAUGACCGUAGAGGAAGAAGAAAAGAAGAAAGCUGUGGAGAAUAUAAGUAGUGAAGAGGGUAAGCUGAUAGAGAAGGAAGAGAUGGAGAGAGGUUCUGUUUCCUACAGGGUCUAUCUUUAUUACCUUGGAGCCAUCACAUAUCCUGUUGUCCUUAUCGUUACAUUCUUCAUCUUGAGUCAGUCUGGCAUACGGAUUGGAACAAACUUCUGGCUCUCAAAAUGGUCAGAAUCCAACUUAGAACCAAAUGCAACCAAUGAUGAUCUGACAUAUUGGAUAGGUGGUUACGCUGGUCUCUCCUUCGGCACCAUUGCUGCCCAGCUGAUAGCAUCAGCUCUCUUGGUGUUUUCAUCUCUCAUAGCAGCUAAGAGUCUUCAUCUAGCUAUGCUUCAUACCAUCAUCAGGGUGCCCAUGAGAUUUUUUGACACCACACCCAUUGGACGUAUCAUCAACCGUUUUUCCAAUGACACUCAGAUAAUUGACAUGAAAUUGAUCAAUACUUUGAAUGGCCUGCUUGGUAGUGUGAUGAAUUGCUUGUCUGCCAUCGUCGUCAAUGCAGUUGUGACACCUAUCUUCUUAGCAAUAGUGUUUCCUGUUGCCGUUGCAUACUUAUUUCUUCAAAAGUACUUCAUCACUACUUCGAGGGAACUUCAACGUCUUGACAGUGUAUCUAAAUCCCCGGUGUUUGCCUAUUUCUCAGAGACAUUAGGUGGACUGGCUACCAUCAGAGCAUAUAAUUCCCAGAAGACUUUCUAUCGUACAAUAAUGGAGCGUAUUAAUGUCAACAACACGGCUUAUCUGUACCUUCAGACUGCCAACAGAUGGUUGGCAGCAAGGCUGGACUUUAUUGGUGCUCUUGUUGUACUACUAGCAGGAUUAACAACAACCAUUAGUGCAGUCGUCUUUGGUGGUGUUCCUGCCAGUGAAGUAGGUUUAGCCAUCAGUUAUGCUCUUCAGGUGUCUGGAUAUCUCAACUGGGUAGUACGUAGUGCAGCUGAUACAGAGAUGCAGAUGAAUGCUGUGGAACGUGUCAAGUAUUAUAGCUCUCUCAAAAGGGAACAAUACGAGGGAUUGGAGCCACCUCUCAAUUGGCCUCAUAGAGGUCAGAUUUCAAUUGAUAAUGUGAGUGUGAGAUAUGCAGCAGAUUUAGACCCAGUACUACAGGAGGUAUCGGUUAACAUCCAGGCUGGAGAGAAGGUUGGAAUAUGUGGUCGUACUGGAAGUGGAAAGUCAUCUCUCACCCUAGCUCUCUUUAGGAUCAUUGAUACAUUUAGAGGUCGUAUUUUGAUUGAUGGGAUAGACAUCGCCACUGUUCCUUUGACUACACUUCGUCAGAGACUGGCAAUUAUACCACAAGACCCAGUACUCUUCACUGGAACCAUCAGACGUAAUUUGGAUCCUGAGGAGAAACGCACUGAUCAGCAGCUUUGGCAGGCCCUGGAAAUUGCCCAGCUGAAAGAUGUUGUUGGAAAUUUGGAGGAAGGCCUAGAAUCCAAGGUAACAGAGGGAGGAGAGAACUACAGUGUUGGUCAACGUCAGCUGUUCUGUCUUGCCCGAGCCUUCUUACGUGAUUCUCAGGUCUUGAUAAUGGACGAGGCUACAGCAUCUAUUGAUAUGCAGACUGAUCAAAUCUUACAGGAUGUUGUGGCUUCAGCUUUUGCUGACAAGACUGUUCUUACAAUUGCACAUCGGAUUGCUACCAUCUUGAAUUCAGACUCCAUCUUGGUGCUAUCAGAUGGAAGGGUUAUUGAGUAUGAUUCUCCUGACAAUCUCCUAGCUCGGGAAGACAGUGUCUUUGCAUCCCUUGUCAAAGGAAGUCAAUAAAGAAAAACCCUCCUAAGUGUGAAUUCAUCAUCUUGGAACUCAUGGAGUAUGAUCUGCCUGAGAGUUUCCUAACCUCUGAAAAUAAUAUCUUUGAAUACUUGUCAAAGCUAAUCACUAAAGACUCUUUUUACAAGCAGAUAUAUAUGGUAUGAAAAGUUACUAUUACAUUGAAAUAUUGUAUAUAUAUGAAUGGCACAAAGUUAAGUUGAAAACAGCACUAUGAACCCAACUAUGGCCACAAGUUACCUCAAACUUGAUCCACAUACAUUGUGUUACAUAGUGCAGAUCAUUGGGUAUGAAUCUGAUAAUCUCUUUGUUUUAAAGAUCAUUUCUUCUUUUCAAAGGUUGCCAGUAAUUAUUAUCCACUAAUUCAAACUCAGAGUGAUUAUUCUUGCAAUGACUCCCUCAUUGUGAGUCUUGAAAUAUAAAUGCUUCAAUAAAUUACUAUUAAUAUCUAGCAGAGCUGCCAGCAUUACAUGUUUGCUGUAAUUAUUACAGUUUUACUGCAAAAUAACAGCAAUAUACAUACUUAUGAUUUCCUUACAAAAAUAUUGAUAGAUUUUAUUGAGAAAUCGUCUCUAUGUCUUUAUUUAUAAAAAGAGCCGUGGUGUAGUGGUUCUGACUCGCCUUGUAAACAGAGGGUCAUGUGUUCGAUUCCCACCGUGGUCUAGCGUCCUUUGGCAAGGCGUUAAUCCAUACUUCGCCACUCUCGACCAAGGUGCAAUAUGGGUACCCGGUAGGAUAAUGAUAAUAAAGAUAAUGUCAGUUUGAUUUUGCCAGCAUCAUAAUGUGGCUGCGACGAAUG